UCCUGACUAAGCUUCUUUUGUCUGAUUGAUCCAGAGAAGCAAAAGAAAAGAAAAGGCGAGGAAAGAAAAGAAAAAGUAAAUGCAAUCCAUGCACCAAAGUGGGCAAUGACAGAAUGUCAGAAAAUCCACAUAUCGAGCACCAGCAGAUCUGAGGUCAAUCGUCAGGUAUCAUCUCAUUCUACCAAGAAAAAAACCUGGAUAAAGAAAAGGUCGAUUCGUGGGAAUGGACUGGUGGUGAUUGCAGCGCACUGGUUGGAUGCAAUGGUAGUUGGCUGGGCUGGUGAGGAGAAGAGAUAUUAUGGUCUACGCUCGCCGACGAAAAGGAUUGAUCCUCGUAUGAAGAAGGGAUCGCACACAUCUCUGAACAGAAAGUUUUGUGUAAGGCAUCAAGAACUAAGGAAAUGAAGGUGUUUCCGAUGGAAGGCCAUUGAUCGAGCAAAUGGGCUCAUGGCUCGGCUUGAUGAUGGCAAUAUUGCAGCUAUUAAGCUUUUCAGUUGGACGA